GGCUCCUAUUCUUGAGGCUGAACGGUGAGCACCAACGUUGCUCGGCUUGCUCUGCUUUGUUUUAUACGCCUUACGACUGCCACGACAACCGUACACGACGACCGACUACUGCUUUUCCUGCGACUAACGAUUUCUAAUCCCCGUUGUUUGAUUCCGAACAUCAACCUUGAACCAACUGAGACGCGACUCAAACUCGAACCAACUACCAACAUCCACCAAGUAACCAGCCAUGCCGGCCCCGCGUCUGUCGCAGAGCGCGGAGGCCGCGAGGGCUGCCGCGCUGCAAGCCGAGUUCAACGAGAAGAAGUGGGUCUGGGUCCCCGACGAGAAGGAGGGCUACCUCGCCGGCUGGGUCGUCAGCGAGCAGGACGACAUUGGCGAGAUCGUCAUGGCGUCCGGAGGGGAGAUACGCCGUGUGCCGCUGUACGCGCUCUCGAAGAUGAACCCGCCCAAGUUUGACCGCGUCGAUGAUAUCGCGGACCUGACGUUUCUGAACGAAGCCAGCGUGGUGCAUAAUCUGAGGCUGAGAUACGGGUCCGGGGCGAUCUAUACAUACUCCGGCCUGUUCUUGGUCGCGAUCAAUCCCUACCAGAGCCUCCCCCUCUACACCGACGCCAUCGUCCACCAGUACCGCGGCAAGCGCAGAGACGAGAAUCCCCCGCACAUAUUCGCCAUCGCCGAACGCGCGUGGGUCAACAUGGGCGAGGAGCGGGAGAACCAGAGUAUCCUCAUUACUGGUGAAUCCGGCGCAGGUAAGACCGAGAGCACAAAGAAGGUCAUCCAAUAUCUCGCAGCAAUCGCGACGGAUGCGCACCUCCCUACUCCCUCACAUUCCCAAUCCCCGUCCAUAACAGGAUCCAGCUCAUUCAACACCGUCAUGCCUGCCGUCGGCCUGCCGCGCAGCAGCUCCUUCAAGAACAAGCCUGAUGCCAGCGGCUCACGUCUCAACUCCAAGGGCCGCCUUGGGUUACUGGAGCGGCAGAUCCUCCAGGCGAACCCCAUCCUCGAGGCUUUCGGUAAUGCCCAGACACAGCGGAAUAACAACUCCAGUCGGUUCGGAAAGUUCAUCCGGAUAAGCUUCUCGCCCGACGGGAGCAUCGCGGGCGCGAAUAUUGACUGGUACCUCCUCGAGAAAAGCCGGGUCGUCUCCCGAAGCGAGGCGGAGCGCAGCUUCCAUGUGUUCUACCAGCUCCUCGAGGCUGGUGGGCCUUUGAAAGACAAGCUCCUGCUAGACGGAGGCGUGGAAGACUACGAAUACCUCAAUAAGAGCAGGCGAGAGGUCGAUGGGGUGAACGAUGUGGAAGAAUGGAAGCAGCUUCAAGCAGCGUUCGACAUCGUCGGAUUUUCUCCCCAGGAGCAGUUCGAUUUGUUCCGCAUCGUGGCCGCGGUACUUCAUAUCGGCAAUAUCGCGAUCACUUCCACCAGGUCGGACGAUGCGGUGCUUCCAGAUCCAUCGCAAGCGGAGCGCGUAUGCCACCUAUUGGGCAUCCCCGUCGCAGAGUUCACCAAGGCAGUCCUCCGGCCCAAAGUCCUCGCAGGGCGGGAAUGGGUGACGCAAGCGCGAACGCGGCAGCAAGCGCUCGACGAGCUCGCCGCGCUCUGCAAGACGCUGUACGAGAAGUCCUUCGGGAGCCUCGUCGACCGCAUCAACAAGGCGCUCGACCGGCCGUCGAGCAAGUCGACGUUCAUCGGCGUGCUGGACAUCGCGGGCUUCGAGAUCUUCGACGUGAACGGGUACGAGCAGCUGCUGAUCAAUUAUACGAACGAGAAGCUGCAGCAGUUCUUCAACCACCACAUGUUCGUGCUCGAGCAGGAGGAGUAUGCGCGCGAGAGCAUCGAGUGGGAUUAUGUCAAUUUUGGACUGGACUUGCAGCCGACGAUUGAUCUCAUCGAGGCGAGCGGGGCCACGAUUGGCAUACUGAGCUGCUUGGACGAGGAGUGUAUCAUGCCCAAGGCGACGGACGUGACGUUCACGCAUAAGCUGCAUAGUUUAUGGAGCGGCGAGCCGCCGAUGGAGGAGGAGGAACCCCAUCCUGGCCGGUUCAAGUACGAGCCUGCGCGAUUCGAGCAGGGAUUCCUCAUUCAGCACUAUGCGGGCAAGGUCGAGUACCGCACGGACGGGUGGCUUGAGAAGAACAAGGAUCCGCUCAAUGACAACCUCACUCGAGUUCUCGCCGCUUCGAGCGAGAAGUACGUUGCGGGCUUGUUCUCGGACUAUGUCGACCUGUCGGCCUUGCCCACUGGCGGGCAGCAUACGCUGACGAUGGGCAAGAAGCGGACGCUCAAGAAGGGCGCUUUCCGUACCGUUGCGCAGCGGCACAAGGAGCAGCUCUCGAGUCUUAUGAUGCAGCUGCACGCCACGCAGCCGCACUUCGUUCGUUGUAUCGUCCCAAAUAAUAACAAGAAGCCCGCUCGCAUUGACGUCCCUCUGGUCCUUGAUCAAUUACGGUGCAACGGUGUCCUCGAGGGUAUUCGUAUCGCGCGACUCGGUUAUCCCAACAGGCUGCCCUUCCUCGAGUUCCGCCAGCGGUACGAGGUACUCACUCCGGGUAUCAUACCUCCGGGAUACAUGGACGGGCGCAAGGCGUGCCUACGGAUGGUCGAUGCGCUCGAGCUCGAUAAGUCAAUAUACAAGAUUGGCACGUCGAAGAUCUUCUUCAAAGCGGGUGUGCUCGCGGAGCUGGAAGAGCGCAGAGACUCGCUGUUGUACGAUAUUUUCUCUCGGUUGCAGGCCGUAGCCAGAAAGUGGACAGCGAGACGUCAGAUGAAGAAGAUCCUAAACAGGGCAGUGGCCAUCCGUGUGAUACAGCGCAAUGCCCGUCUGUACGGUGAUCUCAGGGAAUGGCCGUGGUGGCAACUAUAUUCGAAGGUACGACCUCUCUUAGCGGCAACAAGGAACGAUGAAGAGCUGCGGAAGAAAGAACUCGAGCUAACGCUGGCCAAAGAGCGAGCAGAACGCGACAAACAGGAGCGCGAGGCCCUCGAGAACCUCCGCAUGUCUCUACAACAAGAGAAGCAGAAAGUCGAGGCCGCACUGGAAGCCGAACGCGCCUUGGCAUUGGACAAGGACGCCCUGCUAGAGAGAAGUUUGAAGCGUGAGGCAGAACUGGAGGAGGAAGUGGCCGCGCUGCAGCACGAUCUUGACACGCUGGACUCUCAGCUGGACAGAGCCUUGAAGAUCCAAAGGGAGAGCGACGAGAAGCACGAGGCAUUGAAGCAAGCAUUUGACCAGGCUGCCGAACACCUGGUACGCUUGGAAACCGAGCAGAAGGAAUGGGCUGCUGCCGAAGCCGAGCUCGUAGAACAACUGAGCGCCGCCAAUAGCGAAAUAGAUACGCUUCGUUCGGAGAGAGACCAGCUUCACAAGGCGGGUGAAGACCUCGAAAGGUCGUUAGCUCAGGGGCAAGAAGACCUGGCCAGGCUUCGGGAGCGUUCUGAGGUUGCCUUAGCCGAGCUGGAAGAAAGGCUGGCUGCGGAGGCACGCAAUCGGGAUCUAAUCCGAGGCAGAUCGGAAGAGAUGGAGCAAGAGUCGCGACAGACUCGGGAGCAACUAGCUGAACUCACAAGAACGGCUACCGAGUAUUCCAAUCUCAUAGCAAGGAAGGACGAAGAAAUUGCGCAGCUGCUUCAGGAGCUUGAUGCGGCUCGCCAAGAGCGGUCCCAUUCUUCGAAACGCAUCGCAGAGUUACAAGGUCGCAUAGACACCCUUACGGCAGAGUUAGAGUCGCAGAAGGAUGAUCAAUCGCGGGACACCUUGGCUAGGCAGAAGUUGCAAGACGAGCUCGACGAGCUUCGUUCUGUAAUGGAAGCCAAAGUCAGUGAGGAGACACAACGAGUUGAGGCUGAGAAAAGCAAGGAAGAAGAGUUAGGGCGAUUGCGCGAUCAUGUGGCUAAACUCAGAGAAGACUUGACGGACGCACGGAAGAUAGCAGUGGAAGGGCAGAAUAAACUGCGAGUCGAACUUGAUAAUUCCCUACGGGAGCAUCAAGCCUUGCUCAAGGAUCAUCAAGCUCUGCUCGACAAAUUCCAAUCUAACGCUGCCCAGUUGAAGUCGGCUGAAGCGGCCAUCGCUGAGAUGGAGAAGGCGAAGCGCUCGCUCGAGUCUGAAUUACAGUCUCUGCGGUCUCGGCAAAUAGAGGCUGAUGGUCAGCUCGCGGAAGCUCAGAAGGCCAGAGAGAGCCUCGAACGCCAAUUGGCUGCUGCUCAAUCCAGACACCAAGACUUUGAGGAUGUUGUACUCCAGAUGGAGCGAGACAAGAGUUCCCAAGACAGACAGCUGGAAAGCACCCGCAAACAAUUCGAAACUGAGUCUGCCAAGCGAGCCCAGCUUGAGAAAUCAAUCUCUAGUCAGAAAGCGGAGAUAGCUCAGUUGAAGGAUCGAAACAUCAAGCUCGACAGAGAACUUAAUAAAGCAUUGACGAACCUGAAGGCGCGGGAAUGGGAAGUCAAGCAACUAGAGUCAAAGCAAGAUAAGACCAUUGUCGAGCAUGUUCAUGUUUUGGAAGAAGCUAAACGCGUCACGGAUCGCCAACUGGCCGAGGCGCAGGCCGAGCUCCAGAAGAACUAUGCAUACAUUCGCUCCCUGGAGAAGACUCGGACGAGGUUGGCUGGUGAGGCGGAAGAUCUGGCUCGGGCGACUGAGUUAGAACGCGUCGAAUUAAAGUCCAAAGAAAGGGCAAUGAAAUUGCAGGAAGAGCGGGCUACCCGGGCUCUUGCUGAAGCUGACAAGGAACGACGUGCCAGGGAGGCUGCGGAGUUGCAAGUCCGGAGACUCCAGGCUCAGCUCAACGACUCUGAACAUCGCGCAGAAGAGCUGUCGCAUCAAUUGGUGACAGUGCAGAGAUCGAAGGACACCUUGGAAUCUGAACUAGAAAGACUUGCGGACGAAACUGUAACUCCCAAUUCCAUGGCCAAGAUGCAACGUCAAUAUGAGUCUCAAAUCGCCGAAUUAGAGAAGAGACUCGAAGAAGCUGAGACCCUCGAUUCAGGGAGCGCUAGGAUCAAGGACUAUAUCGACCGUCAUCAUGCUGAUAUACGGCGACUCAUCACGGAGAGCGACCCGAAGGAUGAGAACUUCCGGGCAAGGCUACUAGGAGAAUUGCAAUCACUGGAUGAUGAGCUGUACAGGGAAGUUUUCGAUCGCUCUGCGCGUCUUCGGGGGCAAGACACUGGUAUCCGGACGUUCUCCAACGCUAGCCCUGCUAAACGGAUGAAAAAUGGCUCAACAGGUGGAUCCACCUAUGACGGUCCCCGAGCGCCCGAUAGACAGAUCAAUGCUCUCAGACAGCAUGUUCAGGUCCUAGAACUCCGAAUAGCCGUCUCCGAUCGCGUCAGACAGCACCUAGAAUCCUCAUUGCGUGAGCUGACUGACGAACUGGAGAACACCGAUGGCUCAGUUGAAUCGCUCCAGCAAUAUAGAGCCCGUCUGGCAAAGGAGAACGCCCGGCUAGUUGAACUACUUCGAGAGGAGGCUGAGGCUCGUCAGUCUGCGGAGACCGCGCAGAUUGACAAUAUCCAAGCACUUUGGACUAAGUUCCAGACGACGAUAUCUGAGGAACGAGAUAGCUAUGACCGUCUUGAGGAGUCUCGGAAGGCCCUCAUGGUUCAACAGAGGGCCCUUCAGGUCGAGUUGGAGGAACAACGUCGGCAGGUCACGGAGCUUUCCCAGUCGAAGAAACAACUACAAACUGAAAUCGCUAACUUGAAUGACCGGGUGGCCGAAGCCUUGAGAUCCAAGAAUGAGGAGUCCAACGCCCGUCGCCAAAUGCAGACUCGGCUUAAAGAGCUUGAGAUGACUACAGAAGCUUCCGACCGCCUCAUUGCUGAAUUGAAGGAAGCGCUAGAGACAUACAAGGCCAAAGCGGACACCCACCUGGCCAGGCUCGACGAAGCAGAAAUUGCAAGAGCCAAGGCAUCACAAGCAGAAUCCUUUGCUCGCCGAUCCCUCGCUGAACUAGAGAAAUCAUACUCUGAUGCGAUAGCAGAACGGAAGGCUGUUGAAGGGCGGCUGCAGUCCGCUGAAGAGAGAGUCAGGGAGCUCGAGGCCCGCUUAGAAGAUGAGGGUCGAGAAUCAUAUGAUCUCGACCUCCUUCGACAACGCCUGGCAGAGGAAAUGGAAGAAGAGCGCAAGCAGUAUCAGAAAGACCUAGCUGAUAGAGACUUUGCCACAGACCAAACUCGUAAGAAGUACCAGGCGGAAUUGGCUCAGUUGAGCGAAGAGUUGCAAUCCCAGCGUGAUAGUAUGAGCCGCUUGCGUGAAGAGAACAGACGGCUUCGCUCUGACUAUGAUGACCUUCAGCUGAGGUACGAUGAUGAGGUGUACAGCGGAGGUGCUUGGAAAAAGGAGAAAGAACGCCUGGAGACCAAGAUUGGGGAUUUGACGAAGGCAUAUGAGGUUGCUACAGCGGCUCAGACGGAGCAACAAUCUCAGAUCGUCAAUCUUCAUUCCCAAGUUCGCGAGCUUCGGGGUGUCCUGAACGACGCUGAGGCGGACAGGGUUCUACUGCAGAAGGCGCGACGAGCUCUACAAGCUGAACUUGAUGCGAUCAAGUUGGACAGCAUGGACGCCAGUAAACUCUCUUCUGACACCGAGCUACAACGGCUACAACUCGAGAAACAGGACUUGGAGCGUUCUCUCGAGGAACAGGAAGAUCGGGUGACAAUGGCAUUCGAGCGUAUGAAGAAAGCCGAGGCACACGCAAAUGAAUGUCAAAUGGAGCUCGGUAAAGUCCGCGUAGAGAACUCAGAGCUGGACAAACUCAAUGCUACCCUCGAGAAGCAAAUCAAAGAGUUGAAUGUCCGGAUCGUUGACUUGGAGACGAAGUCCAUGGCGAAUUCUCCUAGGCCGCCGACCACAUCGCGUCGUCUCGAAAGUCGUAUAGAGGAAUUGACAAGCCAACUCAGUCAAUCUUCUAAGGACAAGACGGAGACAAUCCGGGCACAGCGGACGGCCGAUAAGACCAUGAGAGAUGCCAGAUAUCAGGUGCAAGAGCUGGAAAGGCAGCGUGCCCGGCUUGAAGAGGAGAAUCAAUCAUACGAGGCGAAGCUGACGAGUCUGCGGCAGGUAAUGGACGAGCUGCAAACAUCGGAAAGCAACCUGCAGCUCGCUAAGAGGCGGGCAGAAAGGGAUGCCGCUGAUUACAAACAGAAAACCCUGAGUCUCGAGCGGGAGGUGGAACGUCUGAGAAACCGGUUAGAUCGACCAUCUGCCAUGCUGGAUCGUGGCUCUCCCAUGAGUUCACCGCGGCGGUAACGCUUUCCUUCACUUUCCUUCAUACGACUUUCUCUUUCCCGUGCCCUUACCUUGUACAUAUCGUUCAUUCGGACUUGUCUUUGCUAUUCCCUCCGCACAUGUCAUGAUACCUAGUGUACCCCUCACAGCUAUGUAUUUUAUGCCUGCUGUAUUUUAUUCCUAAUGUCUUGCAAUACGUUCCCUUACUUCCCUGG